AUGGGGAAGAAGAAGAACACGAAUCGAGAGCUGACACACGAGGAGAUAUGGGACGACUCAGCCCUGGUCAGAUCCUGGGAUGAGGCCGUCGAAGAAUACAAACUCUACCACAGCAUCCACGCGAAGGGGGAGAAUAUCGAAGAUGUUUUAAGGCAGGCUGGUGCAUCAGAGGAUCUCGAUUACGGUGAAGAUGCGCAGACCGCAGCGGCACAGGUGGAGCCUGCCAUGGCCGUUGAUGACGAGUCUGAGAAACCGACUGAAGACUUCAAAUCGUCAAGUGCACAGCCUUCCCAAGGAGGAGAGGGUCAGGGUAUGAAUCCGAUUCCUAGUGGACCAAACGCCAUGCCCGAGAUCCUCCUGCAAGGUCAGGAUGAGAGCCUCAAAAAUCUCAUAAUGGCAUGGUACUAUGCCGGUUACUAUACCGGACUACACGAAGGACAACGACGAGCCAACCAGCGCAAUUCCUGA